AUGCUACGCAUGUGUCACAUAGCCAUGAUAACCUACAAGCUCCUAAGUUGUCUCUGCCAUACCACUCCCCUUCACAAGCCACAGCCAUGUUGCUUGUUAGCCAGGCUUUUCCCUGUAUUCAUCUCAUGCCACCCAUUAAUCAAAUGCCUGCCUCCAUAUGUGCCAACCAACUGA